UCCUAUAUAAACAAACUCCAGGGAUCGAUCAGCAAACAUUCGCCAGUGAAUAUUCCAACAAUGAAAGUCCUCAACGUCUGCCUUUUGAUUGUGGCCUCUGCCAGUUUCCUGCUGGCCACCGCCAAUGCCAACGCCAUCGGCUAUGAUGACCUCGCCAUGACUGGCAUGGACAAGGACAUGGACGGCAUGGACAUGGAGGGCAUGGACGACAUGGAUUUCAUGGACUUUGAGCCUCACGGCUUCGUCGGCGGCUGCUGGAAAGUCCUGAAGGCUGGAUUCCAUGGUGUUAACGGUACCAUGUGCAUCGUCGAUGAGACGGCUCAUGUGGUCCUUGAUUGCACCAGCUAUGUUAAGAAUGUCGCUAAGUGCACCACUGCCAUGCCCAAGGAUGUGCUCGCCAUUGUGAACACUGCCAGUGAAAUGAUUACUCUGGGCAACAGCCUCACCCAACUGAACACCCUGUGCGCCAAGGACGAGAACAGCUCCUCCUUCUGGCUGAAGAACUGGGUGAACUGCGGCAGGAAGAUGUUCAUCACAUCCAUGAAAAUUGUGCGCCGCAUGAACUCCAUCAUCAAGAACUCCGCCAAGCUGCCCAAGGACACCAGCAACUGCUACAUAACCGCCACCCAGUCUGUGGUCGAUUCCUGCAACGCCUACAUGCCCAACAUCAACCAGUGCAUCGCCAUCAUAAAGGGACAGCAGUAGGGGCGUCAUGAAGGGACGAAAUAAAUAAAUACGA